GAGCCCACCAGCCUGUUUUGUGUUCAGAAUGUUUAAUGUUCUUAGAAUUUAAUUUCAGAUAGUAACAAAGGAAACAGGGCUGAGCCCUCAAAGGGACAAAGUUCUUAUGAAACUUUGGGCUCAUCUGAAAUCCAACUUCUAACCAACUGCACAGGUCUCAGGAGGUGGACAUAGUGAAUGAUGGAUUAAAUGUUGAGAAAUAAUUAUUGGCAGUUUCUCCACUGCUCCAAGAGCCUGGUCUUUGCCCUGGUCAAGUAGUUACAUUUAAAUUGAAACUACUCCUUACUUGGGGAGUAUGUGUGUCAGGAGAAUUGCAGUUUAAAGAGUAAAUGAGCAUAAAUGAGAUGAGCAAAGAGUAGAGAAAAACUGAAUUAUGAAAUAGAGAAAAAAUAUAUUACCAUCAUUAAAAAUAUUGAGGACAGCCAUUCCUCUGUAGUUGCUUGGAAUUUAAACUUAAGGUGAAGGAGGGGAAGCUCUGAGAGCAGUGGAGGUAUUGUUCCAGAUGGUUCCCAGUUGAGAACUGUGUAAAUCAGUUCAUCUUGACUCAUUACGUUGUUGGAUUGUUUUGUGAAAAACAAGCAAGGCUUUGCUUACAUGCAAUUUGCUGACUGCUAAAUAUUUUCAGCAUGUCUUCCUGGUUGAAAAGCUUCCCACCCUCUUAAGGUGUUGGCUUGGCACAUGAUGUGUUCCAUGUAUGCCUUUAAGAGUGCAUUGCAGCUCUAAAUAAAAGGUGUUGGAGGUCACUCUUGCUGAAAAACAACAGGCAGCAAGCAGCUUGGUGAAGCAUGCAAUGAGGCUCCUGACUCGUAGAGGAGCUCUUGGGGGAAUGGAAGGGUUUUGCUUCCAGCUUUCACUUGAGGCUGUUUUUGUCUUUGAUGAAAUAGUGAAGAGCUGAACAAAAUGUAGAUUUAUGUGAUCGUUUCCACCAGAGUCACUUACGAGGAAGUACUCUUCAAAUAAUGUGACGACCACAUACCUCCUGUGUCUGUGAGGGGAACUGCUUUGGCCAAACACUAUUCAAAGUAGUAAUCAAAUCUCUCUCACCUAAAGAGUUAGUUCGGAUUCACAUCCCUAAACCUUUGGACAGGAAUGAUGGGACAUUUUUGAUGCGAUAUAGGAUGUAUGAAACUGUCAGUGAAGGGCUGAAGAUAGAGGUCCUUUAUGGUGAUGAACAUGUCGCUCAGUCUCCUUAUAUUUUGAAAGGACCAGUGUACCAUGAGUACUGUGAGUGUCCAGAAGAGGAUCCUCAGGCCUGGCAGAAAACUCUGUCUUGUCCAGCCAAGGAGCCACAGAUUGCAAAAGAUUUUUCUUCUUUUCCCAGCAUCAAUCUCCAGCAGAUGCUAAACGAAGUUCCAAAAAGGUUUGGGGAUGAGAGGGGUGCUAUUGUUCAUUACACGAUUCUCAGUAACCUAAUCUACCGGAGAUCUUUAGGGAAAUACACAGACUUCAAAAUGUUCUCAGAUGAGAUUUUGCUGUCACUGGCAAGAAAGGUCCUUCUCCCAGAUUUAGAAUUUUAUGUUAAUCUUGGAGAUUGGCCUUUGGAGCAUCGAAAAGUCAAUGAAACCCCUGGCCCUUUACCUAUCAUUUCAUGGUGUGGCUCUCUGGAUUCACGAGAUGUUAUCCUUCCAACAUAUGACAUCACCCACUCCACACUUGAAGCUAUGAGGGGUGUUACAAAUGAUCUUCUCUCUAUUCAAGGAAAUACAGGACCUUCCUGGAUCAAUAAAACAGAGAAAGCUUUCUUUAGAGGUAGAGAUAGCCGAGAGGAGAGGCUCCAGUUGGUGCAGCUGUCCAAAGAUAAUCCACAGCUACUAGAUGCAGGAAUUACAGGAUAUUUCUUCUUCCAAGAAAAAGAAAAGGAGCUUGGAAAAGCUAAAUUGAUAGGUUUCUUUGACUUCUUUAAGUACAAGUAUCAAGUGAAUGUGGAUGGGACUGUGGCUGCUUAUAGAUAUCCAUACCUCAUGCUUGGUGACAGUUUGGUUCUGAAGCAGGACUCACCAUAUUAUGAACAUUUUUAUAUGGCACUAAAGCCUUGGAAACAUUAUGUUCCAAUUAAAAGAAAUCUUAGUGAUCUACUAGAGAAAGUUGAAUGGGCCAAGGAAAAUGAUGAAGAAGCCAAGAAGAUUGCAAAAGAAGGGCAGUUGACUGCUAGAGAUCUGCUACAGCCCCACAGGCUUUACUGCUACUAUUACAGAGUACUACAGAAAUACGCUGAGCGCCAGACCAGCAAACCCAAAAUACGUGAUGGAAUGGAACUUGUUCCUCAGCCGGAUGACACUGCAUCUAUCUGCCAGUGCCACAGGAAAAGGCCUUUAAGAGAAGAGCUUUAAGUCAGCCCAUAUUCACACUCCUGUAUAUGCCGGCAACAUCUUUCAUGGCAGCAUUCAGAUGGAAUCUAAGCUGUGAAGACUGUGAAGACAGCCUGGAAGACUGUAUGCAGGGGACUGCUUCUCUUGGUGGCUUCAUAUAAUGUGGAUGGAUAGAGCAAUAUUAGAGCAAGUACUACCAAAUAUCUUAGGAUAUUAAUAUCUUUUGAGUAAACACUGCUAUUAUCAGCAUCAUAGUUUCUCUGAAAAGAAAACUUGGGGAUCAUAGUAGAUAGAGAGGAUUGCCAAAAUAUAAAUAACUCUGUAUGAAACUGUUUACAUUGUAUUUAUUGGUUUGUUUCUAUCCCUUGUUCACUUUCCCUCUUCCCUUUCCAAUGAUGAAGAAAAAAUAUUUUUGCAGGGCUUUUUUUACCCCCUCACUGCAUAACUUCUCCUCCUACAAGCUGCUUUUGGCAUUCAGUAAUAGCAGGUUUCCUCUUGGAAGGUCUGAUAUGAAUAAUGAAGGAAGAUGAGAAUGACUCUGUUAUUAAAGGUAGCUUGGAGACUAUGAAGGGAAGUUAUUUUAAAGCUCAUUCAUAUCUUUUUAACUAAGUUUUACCAAGGGCUGAGACAAAAUUAAGGAGAGGUAGUGCCUUAAGCUAGUUAAUUCCCAGUCUAUCUGAGUUGGACACCCAUCAAGGACAACACAGUUAUUAAAGUAGAUGACAGCAUCCUAUCGGUAUCUUCAUUAUCUAUAUAUUGAAUAGAUAAAUGAUAACUGUAGUCUGAUAGGGAUCUUUAAUGCUUUUUAAUCUUUAAAAGGGAUACUUGAAAAACCUCUGAAACAAGCUGCAGGAAGCCUGGUAUCUUGGGAUUCACUAAUAAACUAAUGACAAAA